AUGGCCGGGGACGGCGGUGUGGUCUGGGCAGAGGGCUGCCACGCGAGUCAGGGAACAAGAGAGAGGGAGAGAGCUCAUUAUAAGUGUUUUCUUUUUUGCUUCAAUGUUGCUGGUUUGGCUGCUGUAGCAAGGGACUCUUUCUCCUCUCUGCUGCCGUGGCUAGAAGCUACAGCCAAUUCUGUUUCCAGCGAGAUGAUGGGGCGUGUAAUAAUGCUAUGUUGGGCUUUAUGGGCAGCGAGAAACGAUCUGGUGUGGAAUAAGCGGGUUAGAAGGGUGAGUGACGUGGUGGCGUUUGCUAAUUUGAGUCUUGACCAUUGGAUAAAAGCUCAAGGAAAGGGUAAUCUACCCUUGUUGUCUCCUCUCAAAGAGGGAGACGGUGCGGAGCAGUGGUUAAAACCGUCUUCGGGUAUCAAGCUCAACGUAGAUGCGGCCAUCUUUGCCUCCUCCCUCAAGUAUGGCUUCGGAUGUGUGGUAAGGAAUUCAGCUGGUGAGUUGGUCUCUGUUUUUGCAGGGAUCAAAGAUGGUUCGGUUGCCCCUGAAUUGGCCGAAAGCAUAGGUAUCAGGGAGGCUCUAAGUUGGCUCAAAAAUAAUGCAUACACGCGGGCUACUAUCGAGUCGGAUAGCCUUGUCUGCGUUGAAGCUAUUCGGAGCGAAGAGUCUCUUGUUUCUGUGUUCGGUUUGGUGGUUGAAGAUUGCAAAAAUAUUCUUAAAGAUUUGGUCAAUGUUUCAAUUUCUUUUGUUAAGCGUUCUGCGAACUGUGCUGCGCACUUUGUUGCCCGGCACUCUGUUACUUUCGCUGAAUGUAUGUUUCCCAUUAACAGUGUUCCUUUGAACUUUUUGUCUAUCUUGGAGAGCGAUUGCUCCUUUUAA